AUGUUGCGCAACCAGAUCCUCAAAUCCCACAUGCGCACGCACACCGGCGAGCGGCCCUACCAGUGCGCGCAGUGCCCCGCCGCCUUCGCGCAGUCCGCCAGCCUGUGGACGCACAACAAACUUAUACACCUCAAGAAUACGCGGAAGGGGUUGAGGAAGAAAGAUGCUCGCAACCAGAUCCUCAAAUCCCACAUGCGCACGCACACCGGCGAGCGGCCCUACCAGUGCGCGCAGUGCCCCGCCGCCUUCGCGCAGUCCGCCAGCCUGUGGACGCACAACAAACUUAUACACCUCAAGAUCACGCGGAAGGGGUUGAGGAAGAAAGAUGCUGUCUGA